UUUGUCGCAAAUGACAUCUUGUGCUCUCUCUCUCUCUCUCUCUCUGCAUCGUCCGAGACGAAAUGCUGCAAAGGUCAAAACCCCUCUUCCUCCGCUCCGCGAUCCACAUCUCUCUCCUCUAUAAUUCUGCUUCGCGGCUCCCAGCUCCACGGAGAAACAAUUCACUUCUCCAUUUUCUCCUCUGGGCUCGUUCAUCCGUAGCAGUUUGAGAAUCUGCUGCAAAGGCGGAGCAAGCCAUGGCGAACUCGUGGAGUCGAGCGAAGAGAGCCUUUGGGCUCAAUCUUUGCGUUUCUGUACCCCAGACCGCGGACGUCGACGACAACGGCCCUCGGACGGCCGAGGCUGCGACCGGAGGCAGGAGGGCGUCGAGUCCCUCCGCCUUCUCGGUGGUGUCUUCUCCAGGUGGUUUGGCAGAGACGUCGGAACUCCAGCCGCGGAUGCCUACAACGCCGACUCCGACCUCUGGCGGCCUCUGGCUUCGUAGAUCCUUAAGCAGAUCGUCAAAGAAGAUAUGCUCCAUUUGUCUUGGUACCAUGAAAGCUGGGCAAGGCCUUGCACUCUUCACUGCUGAAUGCUCACACACAUUUCACUUCCAGUGCAUCGCCUUCAAUGUGAAAUAUGGAAACUAUAUGUGUCCAGUUUGCAGAGCUAAGUGGAAAGAGUUGCCCAUUCAAGCCCCCCUCAUCACUGAACACCCUCAUGGUAGAGCUAGAGUAAAUCCAGUCAACUGGUCACAAGAAGAUGGCCAAAUGACGGUUAUGCACAUGCUUCGUCGAACAAACUCAACUAAUCAGCAACAUCGUCCCUUUUCUUAUUUCUAUGCUUCUGAACCGAGCACUUUCAAUGACGAUGAGCCUCUAAACUUCCAGUCAGUAACAGGGGAAAUUAUGCAGCAAAAUUGUGUCAGAACUGUAGAAAUCAAAUUGGUUCCAUUAUUCUCAGCCAUUCCAAAAUCAGUCUCCCAAGAAAACUUCAUUGUACUGGUACAUCUUAAGUCUCCUAAUGCUAUCAGCGAAAAUAGCCCUAGUAGAAACCUCAAUGUUGCUCCUGGAAUGUUGUGGAGUUCUCGUGCUCCUGUAGAUCUUGUCACUAUACUUGAUGUCAGUGGCAGCAUGGCAGGCACCAAACUAGCACUUUUGAAACGUGCCAUGAGUUUUGUAAUCCAAAAUCUUGGCCCCCUUGAUCGGCUUUCAGUUAUCGCUUUCUCAUCAUCUGCACGGCGGCUUUUCCCCCUCAGGAGGAUGACAGAAUCUGGCAGGCAGCAAGCACUGCUAGCUGUAAAUUCAUUAGUAUCAAGCGGCGGCACUAAUAUUGCAGAUGCCCUCAGAAAAGGUGCCAAAGUGAUCGAAGAACGCAAGGAGCAGAACCCAGUCUGCAGUAUUAUCCUUCUAUCUGACGGGCAGGACACAUACACUAUGGCUUCCAGUUGGAGUAGAAGUCCUUCGACUCAUCAAGACUACAGGUCACUUAUGCCAUUGUCAAUUCUUGGUCACACAGGCCAUAAGAUUCCGGUCCAUGCUUUUGGUUUUGGUACAGACCAUGAUUCCACUGCAAUGCAUUCAAUCUCUGAGAUUUCUGGUGGAACAUUCUCUUUUAUUGAAACUGAGGUUGUGAUUCAAGAUGCUUUUGCCCAGUGUAUUGGUGGGCUGCUGAGUGUGGUUGUGAAAGAGAUGCAGUUGACGGUGGAGUCUGUGCAACCCGGUGUGCAAAUUGUUGCAAUUAAAUCUGGCAGCUACGCGAAUCGGGUAGAAGAUAAUAUGCUGUCUGGAUCGAUCAAUGUAGGCGACCUCUAUGCAGACGAGGAGAGGGAUUUUCUUGUGUAUAUUAACCUUCCACCUUCCGAAGACACCCCUCAGCUCAGGGUGUGCUGUACAUACACAGAUGCCGUCUCCAAAGAAACUGUUAGUCUGCGAGAUGACAUAAAAAUUGAAAGGCCAGAAACCGUCGAAUCAUACACACCAUCUGUGGUGGUUGACAGAGAGAUAAUUCGUGUCCAAGCUGCUGAGGCAAUGCAGGAUGCGAGGGACGCUGCUGAUCGUGGUGCUCUAGAUGAAGCAGUAUAUAUACUUGGGGAGCAGAGGAGGAAACUGACUGACUCAUUGGCAGGACUGUCUGGCGACCAACUUUGCUUGGCUCUGGAUGCAGAACUAAGAGAGAUGCAAGAGAGGAUGGCCAGCCAGCAGAGGUACGAAUCUUCGGGACGGGCAUAUCUGCUAUCAGGGCUGAGCUCACACUCAUGGCAGAGGGCAACAGCACGCGGAGACUCCACAGAGUCUGCUAGCCUCGUUCAUGCUUAUCAGACUCCCUCAAUGGUCGACAUGUUGCAUCGUUCACAGACAUUUUCCCCUUCCCCCAGGGUUCCCACCCAGCCUAUUCAACCUUCAAGGUCAUUCUCUGUGCUACCUCAACCGAGGUGAUUGGUUUUGAGAAUGACAACCAUGAUCCGCAAAAUAGAUAGAUAGAUAGAUAGAUAUAUUUCUCAUCUAUUUGAAGUCGUGCACGGUGGAUUCAGGUAUACUGGAGAAAAUGAAAAUGGAGAUUGAAGUGAAAGAAAAUUGGGGAAUGUUUAAGGAAACGAGUGAAUAAAACCCAGAGAGGUGGAGAAAAAUGCCUUUUUUCCUCUCUUUUUUGGUCUGGAUUUUGGUUAUGUACUGGUGCACAUAGGAGAGGUUUUCCCUGGGAGUGGCAUUGGUUGGUAGUAUUUAGAAAUAUGUGGGUUUCUUUUCUUCUCAAUUUUAUAUACCUACAAUUUCUCUCCUCUUCUAGCAAUCAGGUGCAUUUAUUGUAGUGACUGCUAAUUCUGGUAAAUUCUAUGUAUGAAUGAUCGAUGCAGGUUAUGCCUUCAUGUAGCAGCUGAAGUUUUUUUUUUUAAAAAAUAUUUAUAUGUAGUAAAAGUUUUGUUAUUUCAGCGUCUGUUAUCACCUUGUAGAAAGCUUUGUUAAAUGAUCAAGACAA